CCACGCCCUCCCCUUACAUUCAUACAUCCUGGGAUGCAGCCGCAUCCCGGCUCACACAAACCCCCGAGCAUCAGCAUCAGCAUCAGCAGCAGAUCGGUCGCUGCGCGCUGAGAGGCAAAGCUGUCUUGGCUGAAGAAGGACGGCUCUGAUUCCAGGAGGAAGAGCGGGAAGGAGAGGAAGACUCCCGCCGCUCUGCCGGUGUCAACUCAGGCCGAAGCUUCAUGUGAGAUGCGUUUAACUGAUGAGCAGAAAUCACCAGAAGAAGAAAUGAGCUUCGGUGCCGCGUGCAUUUUCCUGCGAGGAGGCAAAAACAUUACAAGAGAGCUGGCUGAAGAUGAAAUUGAUGAGCUGCGAGAUGCGUUCAACGAGUUCGACAAAGACAAGGAUGGGCUGAUCAGCUGCAAGGAUCUGGGGAACCUGAUGAGGACGAUGGGCUACAUGCCCACCGAGAUGGAGCUGAUCGAACUCAGCCAGAACAUCAACAUGAACCUUGGGGGCAGCGUCGACUUCGAGGACUUUGUAGAGCUGAUGGCGCCGAAGCUCCUGGCAGAGACGGCUGGGAUGAUCGGCGUAAAGGAGCUCAAAGACGCCUUUAAAGAGUUCGACAUGGACGGAGACGGAGAGAUCACCACGGAGGAGCUGCGGGCGGCCAUGAACAAGCUGAUGGGCGAGCACAUGAGUCGCAGAGAGAUCGACGCCAUAGUGAAAGAGGCAGAUGAUAACGGAGAUGGGACGGUAGAUUUUGAAGAGUUUGUCAGAAUGAUGUCCGGCCAGUGAGGGAUCACCGAUCACGCCGUGAGAGAACAACUAGUCGCACCUUUACGAUGAUCCUGCACCUACGGCGUCUUUCUCUGAAGCUCUCCAUCAACCUGACUUUUCACAACCUUCAGGACAAACAAGAGGAAAAAGCUACGGCUAAUUCAGCGCUGAGAGUAAAACCAUACCGACCUUUUCUCAAAGAGGAUUCUAUGCAAACUAAUAUGCAAACGUUGACAAAUGAAUGAAUGUAGCAGAAUUGAACAGCAGAAAACAUUCAGUUUUAUAUGUAUACUGUAAGUCAUUUCAAAUUGGUUUGAUGAAAAGAUUAUUUUGGAAAUAAAGACAUUACUAAUAAAAAAAAAAAUUCUU